AACCGUAUACCCUUAUGUUUGUUUUGGUUUUGAUAAUGAAAUAUGAAAGAUGGGUAGUACUGGGAUUAUGUACUUAUAAAUAGAAUAUUUUUGUUUUCGCAGGCUGAUAAAAAAUAAAGAUGACGACUGUUUGGAAAAAUGAAAAUGUUGUUGCUGACCAUCGUGAAUUGCAAGCUAAUACCAUGGCAGUGGACAGUUCUGGCCUCUAUGCUCUUUUGGCUGGGCGUCGCCACAUGGGUAUUGUGCAUUUGGAUCAGCCAUCCAUUGUUGUCCAUAAAACAAAUAGGCAUAGUAAAUGGGAUGUUACAACUGCAGCUUGGAAUCCAAAUAAAAGAGAAUGUUUUGCACUUGCUUGCAAUGAAAGAACAGAAUUAUAUUCUUGGGAGAAUGGUGACGUAAUUCAAACUGUCACUUUAAAAGCUCACACUCGUGCCAUUAGUGACAUAGAUUGGUCAAUUUUUGAUAGUCAUUCUUUAGCCACUGCUUCCAUAGAUACAUUUAUUCAUGUGUGGGAUAUUAGAGAUUCCAGAAAGCCAUCAAUAUCUUUAUCAGCAGUUGCUGGAGCUUCCCAGGUGAAGUGGAAUAAAUUUCAUUCAUAUUUUCUUGCAACAUCUCAUGAAGGAGACUUAAGAUUAUGGGAUACUCGGAAAUCCACUGCACCUGUACAAUAUAUAACUGCACAUUUGUUUAAAAUACACAAUAUUGAUUGGUGUCCUUAUGAUGAGCAUAUUCUUGCAACCUCUAGUCAAGAUUGUACAGUUAAGUUUUGGGAUGUUACAGUUCCUUUGAGAAUGGAUGAUAAUAUUCAUACCACAUGUCCUGUUUGGAGAGCUCAAUACACACCAUUUGGUCAAGGUUUAGUGACUGUUGUUGUACCUCCACUCAGAAGAGGUGACAACAGCUUGCUCAUGUGGAAUAUAAAAAAUUGCACCAAUCCUGUCCAUACUUUUUUUGGUCACUCGGAUGUGGUCGUAGAAUUUGGAUGGAGAAAAUCGUCAGAAGAUUCUAGGGAGUACCAGCUUGUCACAUUUUCAAAGGAUAAUUGCUUACGAACAUGGACUGUGGAUACGCAUUUGCAAAGAUCAUGUGGGCAUGAAUUUCCUGAUGAUGAAGCAACAGAUGCAUUCUUAGAAUCUCAAGACAAUGCUAGUCAAGUUUCUGCAACUAGUACAAAAGAGACUGAAGCUACAGUUCCUAGCACCCCACCUACCUCUCCUGUCAAAUUGAAGGACAGAAAUGGAAAUACAACGCCUGUUCCUACUACACCUGCUCAGCCUCAAAACCUGCAGCAGGAGUUUUCUCUCGUUAACUUGAACAUUCCUAAUGUCACCAUUGAUGAGAUGGAUGCAACUAAGCGAUCCUGCACGGUAAAUGUUAAAAAGGGACAGUACAAAGUCUCUUUGAAACUCUUAUUUCCGCCAUCAUAUCCUUUCAAUAAUCCUCCAUCUUUUCAAUUUUGCAAAGGAACUAAUAUUGAUGAAGAUAUGAAGUCCAAAAUUCUAAAAGUUUUAAAAAUGGUGUCUUCACAGCAAGUUAGAAGAAAUAGAUCUUGCUUAGAACCUUGUCUUCGGCAGGUUGUCAGCACUUUAGAUGCAUUAACUUCUGAUGAUAAAAGUCAGCCACAGAUGCCGGAAAGUCCAUUUCAUUCAGAUGCAACAAAGCAAGGAUUCAAUCCCCCAUCACAUUAUGGGUUUCAGGAUGUGAGUGUGCCUUUUCCAAGGACAUCUGGAGCUAGGUUUUGCGGUGCAGAUUUACUAGUAGUGUUUACGAGACCAUCUCACUUACAAAGAAUAAAUGCUCCAACUGAUGACACCCCCCGGUCACUCUCUGCAUUAUCAGCGUACUUAGCUUCUCAUGUUGUCCUACCAUUGAAGAGCCAUGGCUCAACGUCCUCUCCUGCUCAAUACAGUCUAGUCUAUCCUCCUCUGACUCAGAGUCCAAAUGAAGCGCCAGUCUCAAUAUCUUCAUUCUAUCAUCAAGACAGGAUAAAUGCUAAACAAAAGAAACGAAGAACAAUACAAGACAGAAGAUCAUCUGGUUCAAAGCAGUUGAGUAAUUCUGGUGCUGUAUUGAUUUAUAGUAUCUCAAAACUGAUGGCAAUAAAUGUGAAUCUUGCCCAAAAUUAUGUAUUUGGAUCUCAGGAUAUUACUUCAAUUUGUUCAAAGAAUGCAGCUAUGGCUGCAAAAGAAGGUUGCAGGGAUCUUGUACAGGUGUGGUCAUUAGCUAGUCUUAUUAGUACGUCGUCGUUAUUGAAUGUUACUGAUUCUGAAAAUGAUGUUCCCUGGGCUAAGCAUCCAUUUGGAAGGAAAAUGCUUCAAUCAUUAAUCUUUCAUUAUGCCAACCACUAUGAUGUUCAAACUGCUGCCAUGUUAGCUGCAGUUUUCCAUACUAAGUCACAAGAAAACAAAGCCAAAAAAGGUGCAGAAAUUGUGUUACCAAAUGCAAUGAGUCCUGGAGGUUCUCCAUAUCAUACUGUCGUUCCUGCUGAUAUUUCAUUUGAAGGGUGGAGUAUAGUAGGAGCAGCCUUGAAACGGAAUCGUUCUAACAGCUGGUCUGAUGUAGUUGAAGACUACAAUGUAUUUGACGAACAUACUGGCAGAGAUGGAAGGAAUGAUUUUCGCGAUGAAGAAAGGGACAUAUUAGAUGCCAGUUCUAAACUGUUGGAUCCUACCUUCUGUGCUCAAUUUGAUCAAUACAAGAUGGUUUAUGCAGAUGUGCUUUAUCGCUGGAACUUACUUGAACAGCGAGCUCAAGUAUUAAAAACAGUUUCUACUCCUGCAGAAAAACAUAAAGGUCUUGAUUUCACAAAAGAAUGCUUCCACUGCAAAAAUGAUGUCACGAGUGCUCAAUGUCCCUCAUGUAAAAAAAUUAGCUUUAUGUGCAUUAUUUGUCGAGUUGGUGUUAAAGGUUGCUCUAGUUUUUGUCUUGCAUGUGGGCAUGGUGGCCAUACAAAGCAUAUGCAGGAUUGGUUUUCAGAAAUGAAUGUCUGUCCUUCUGGUUGUGGUUGCAAAUGCCUGGAAGCCAAUGAUAUAUUUGGUGCAUGAUAUUUUGAUUGUUUAGAAUUUUUAAUAUUUUUUGUGCCAACUGUGAGUUUUGUGAAAUUUUAUUGUGGAAUCUCUUUUUUUUUAGACAUUUAACAAAUUUAAAAUACAUUUAUAAAAGUAAAUUCAGUUUUACCUGUACAAUAAAUGGUUCUAUAAUUGGAAUUUGCAUAAAAAUUGUAGUUAAUUUUUUUAUUUAUUAUGUCAUACUUAAAUUAUUUUAUUAAUUAGUUUGAAUAUAAAAGAUUUGGUAAUUAAAUAUAGUUAUCUAUUACAAACCUUCAGUAAAAAGUAUAUUAUGCUAUCUUAAAACUGUUCAAUAAGGCCUAUUUUCCUGUUAUCUAUACGUUUUUGUUGGAGGGCAAUGGCUUAUUCCACUUAAACAACUCAGUAAAAUCCUGCUUUAGUGAAUACUUAUGUUAAAUAUUCCAUGUAUUGAAAAUUUUCCUAAUCGACAAAUUAAUUUACAUCUAAGAAAUAUAUUAAAAAUUACAGCAAUACAGAAUAUGUAAUUCAAUUUAACAAAAAAUUACCAUACGAUACUGGGCAAAAUUAGAAAAUAUAUAGCAACUGACUGUUGCAUUUUUAACAGUUUACCACUUUUUAAAAGAUGCGACUACUUUUUCAAUAAUUUAAAAUAAUUCAGAAAAUUGUUUAUAAUAAUAAUGUAAGUCAUUUAUUUUUUAUCAUUUCUCAAAAUGAAAUAAACAUUACAAGGUUCAUUUCUAAAAUGAAAAAAAAUAUACAUUUAGAAACAAGAGUAAGAUAAAUUAAUUUUCAGAACAUUAUUAAAUAUUCAUACAUUUCAAUAUUUAUUAAAAAAUAAUUAUAAAAUGAACAAAAGGAAAGGUGACUGACCAAAUCAUUAAUUAUACAAAUUGUUAAAAAUUGGACAAACUGUGUUUUUCUGUUCAAAAUUCCAAUUUUUAAGCCAUGAUAUUUGAAACUAGAUUUUAGUAUUAAUUUUUUGUUUUUCUUGAUUUAAAAAUUUAUAAUCUUUGUAAAUGAAGAAUGUAUCUAUUAAUGAAGUAACUUUGUUUCUCUUCCUAUUUAAAUGAUAAAGAAUAAAAAACCGAAAAACCAUCAGAUGCAUUUAAGAACGAUUUUUUAUUACUUAAUAUUUUAUUGAAAUUUAUUUAUUUAAGGAAAGUCGUUAUAUCCUGCCUUUUGUAUAAAUAGCAAACUUUGAUGUAAUUUUUUCCCUUCUUUGUUAUGUUAGAUUUUAUAUUCAAUGGUAUCUUAAAUUAAAUUUUGAUUUUUUUUUUAAAUCUUAAAAUCACUUUAGUUUUUACAAAAAAGUACAAUAUAUUUUGAAUUGAAAUUUGUGUGUCUUGUAAAUAAAAUUGGUACUUUUAAGACCUAAUUGCUAAAUAUGAAGUUUAGUUUGCACUGAUGAAAAUAUUACAAAGAGUUUUCGAAUGAUCUCCUAUUUUUUAAGUACUUUAGAAGAAUUGUGUUUGAAUGAAAUUGUGUGUCUUUUCCUAAUUUAAUGAAGUGCAAUUUUUUCCUCUUGUUGUGCGGAUACAUUGUUUGUUUCGCUAGAUAAAGACAUAUCACAAACGUACAAAUAUUACACAGCAAUAAACAAACAUAUAAAUAAAUUUCAAUCAUUUUCUUUUAAGUUUCAGAAGGUGAAUUAUUGAUUUGAAUCUUUGUUUGUGUUUACAAUUACUUUAUAUGUAAGAUUUGCUUUUUUUUUCUUACCUCACUUAAUUCUGUUUAAUUUUUUGAAAUAAAAACAUUCUCAUACUUGAUUUUAUCUCCUGAUGCAAUUGAUACUAUGGUUGCUGAAAACAAUUUUUAUUAAGUGCCUCUUCAGCAUACUGUUCAAGUGCAUGUAAUUUGUGAUAUAAAGGGGAAAAAACCUAUAUCUUGUUUAUUUUAUGCUAUAAAAAUCUAAUUUAUAGUUCAUAUUGUAUUUUCAGCUUGCUGUAUAUAAAUUUGUGAUAAUAAAAUUUUAUAUUUUCUUAGAAA